GAGGCCCAAUACCAGGGAACGCCGUGGAAGCAAGAGAGCAUUUUCCUCAGGCUCCUGGGGAUGCUGCUGGCUGCCCUGCGCCUCCCUGCGUGAGCCAGCAAGGAUGGAAGUGACCGACAUCAGCUGGGCCAGGGACCCUUCGCCAGGUACUGGGCUGUCACCCCCCUGAAGACGGGAGUUACAGAUGGGCUUGCUGACCACACAUGCGGCACAGGCUGCCAGACCCCUCGCACGGUAGUCCAGGGCCACUGCAGGACAGGCAGACACUGGCCACGGUGGCUCAUCCUGUUAGCUCCUCUGUGAAACGUGUGUGGAAAAGCUUCCCUUUGCUUCCUGUGAACGACGGCUGCAGGUGCCUGUGCCCCACGCGCUGCAGUGGAGCUCCCUGCCCGCUGGCAGGGCGGGCAGCAGGCCCUGUGUGACCCUGCUCCCCAGCGAGACCAGCAGCAGCCAACUGCAGAGCCGUGUAGCUCCAUCCCCAGAGACAAAUGCCAGCUGCCAGACUCUUCUCUGGAGACCCAGGAGCAGCCGGCGAGGCACCAGCACUGACUGCUCCCGUGGCAGCAGCGAACGCUCCGGGACACCUGUUGUCACGGAUGUGACCCCCGCCUGCUGGGACAGGAGCGCCGCAGCACACGGCGUGCGGCGGGGAUGGGGAUGCUCUGCAUGGACCAGUGACCCCCAUGCUGCUACUGUGGACUUUGCUCCUCCGCUUCCCUAAAGGCUGCUAAUCGCCUGACCAAACGCUACUGCUCAUGCAGCCUCCCAGAGUGCGAUGGCAAAGGGUCUGCAGGGCUUCUCGUGGACCAUGCUGCUGCUGUUCUGCGCCAUCCAGGAGCUGGGGGCCUGGGCCAUGCACACAGCAGUGGAGGGCCCUGGCCUGGGGCAGCCGGGGGACCCCGCGCUGCUGGCCAGUGGGCGAGUGAAGCGUGGCUGGGUCUGGAAUCAGUUCUUUGUGGUGGAGGAGUACACGGGCACGGAGCCGCUGUAUGUGGGGAAGAUCCACUCAGACUCAGAUGAGGGGGACGGCUCCAUCAAGUACACUAUCUCCGGGGAGGGCGCAGGGACUAUCUUCCUCAUCGAUGAGAUCACGGGUGACAUCCACGCCACCGAGCGCCUGGACCGGGAGCAGAAAACCUUCUACACACUGCGGGCGCAGGCCCGUGACCGGCAGACGGACCAGCUGCUGGAGCCUGAGUCAGAGUUCAUCAUCAAGGUGCAGGACAUCAAUGACAGCGAGCCGCGCUUCCUGGAGGGGCCCUACAUCGGCAGCGUGGCUGAGCUGUCCCCCAUUGGCACCUCUGUGAUGCAGGUGAUGGCAUCUGAUGCUGACGACCCCACGUAUGGGAGCAGUGCCCGGGUAGUCUACAGUGUACUGGAGGGCGAGCAGCACUUUACUGUGGACAGUAAAACAGGUGUGAUCCGGACAGCCGUGGCUGACCUGGACCGCGAGACGCAGGACCGCUACGAGGUGGUGAUCCGCGCGACGGACAUGGCCGGACAGCUGGGUGGCCUGUCUGGAUCCACCACAGUCACCAUCGUGGUCACCGACGUCAACGACAACCCACCACGCUUCCCUCAGAAGAUGUAUCAGUUCAGCAUUCUUGAGACCGCCCCGGUGGGUACAGCCAUCGGGAGGGUGAAGGCAGAGGACUCUGAUGUCGGGGAGAACACGGACAUGACAUAUCAGGUGAAGGAUGAGGAAGGGGUGGAGAUGUUCAAAGUCACCACGGACAGCAAUACCCAAGAGGCUGUCAUCACGGUGCAGAAGCCUCUCGACUACGAGUCAAAAAAAGUGCACACUGUUGUGGUGGAGGCCCUCAACAAGUUUGUGGACCCGCGGUUCGUGGACCUGGGCACCUUCCGGGACCAGACCAUCGUGCGGGUCUCAGUGCUGGACGUCGACGAGCCCCCCGAGUUCCGGCCCCCCUCCAACCUGAUGGAGGUCCAGGAGGACGCGCACGUCGGCUCUGUUGUGGGGGUGGUCACCGCCCUUGACCCAGACACAGCGAACCAUCCUGUCCGGUACGCCAUUGACCGCAGCACGGACGUGGAGAGGAUCUUCGACAUCGAUGCCAACACAGGCGCCAUUGUGACAGGAAAGGUGCUGGACCGGGAGACGGCGGGGUGGCACAACAUCACUGUCCUGGCGAUGGAAGCAGAUAAUCACUCGCAGGUGUCCAGAGCCUCUCUCCGUAUUCGUAUCCUGGACGUGAACGACAAUCCACCCGAGCUCGCCACUCCUUACGAAGCUGCUGUGUGUGAGGAUGCCAAGCCAGGCCAGCUGAUCCAGACAAUAAGUGUUGUGGACCGUGAUGAGCCUCAGAGCGGCCAUCGUUUCUACUUCACACUGGCACCUGAAGCCACCAACAACCACCAUUUUUCUCUGCUGGAUAUCAAGGACAACACGGCUGCAGUGCACACACAGAGGAUGGGCUUCAAUCGCCAGGAGCAGGAUGUGUACUUGCUCCCUAUUCUGGUGGUGGACAGCGGCCCCCCGGCCCUCAGCAGCACCGGGACUCUGACCAUCCGCAUCUGCGGCUGCGACAGCAACGGGGCCAUCCAGUCCUGCAACAGCACGGCCUACGUCGUGUCGGCUACGCUGAGCCCUGGCGCCCUCAUCGCGCUGCUGGUGUGCGUCCUCAUCCUGGUCGUGCUCGUCCUUCUGAUCCUCACGCUGAAGCGACACCACAAAAGCCACCUGACGUCUGAGGAUGACGAGGACAUGAGGGACAAUGUCAUCAAAUACAAUGACGAAGGGGGUGGCGAACAGGACACGGAGGCCUACGACAUGUCGGCCCUGCGCAGCCUCUACGACUUCAGCGAGAUCAAAGGUGGCGACGGGGGUGGGGGGCCAGGAGAAGGGGGCGCGGGCGGAAACCCGGCCUCUGAGCUCCGCGCCCUCCCGCAGUGGGUGCAGAGCCCGGACCUGGACUUCUCUGUGUUCAGGGACUACAUCUGCAGGAAGGUGGAGCAGGCGGACGAGGACCUCUCUGUGCCGCCCUACGACUCGUUCCAGACCUACGCCUUCGAGGGCUCGGACUCGCCCGUGCCCUCCCUGAGCUCCAUCAACACCUGGUCCAGCGGCUCGGAGCAGGACUUCUCCUACCUGGGGGGCUGGGGGCCGCGUUUCCGGCAGCUGGCAGCGCUGUAUGCGGGGCGCAGGGGCGAGGAGGACACCGAGGCUGUGCCACACCAGGGCUGCGUGCUGGAUGUGGGCUCCAAGGUCACGUCCCGCCGGGAGCGGCCGCUGCACCGGAGCUCACACCAGAACACACUCUGCCUCUAA